GCUGUAAAACGGAAUUGGAUAGUUACAGAAAGACGCUUUAUUUGUUGUUACUGUUAGCUUAAAAAAAAAAAAAACAUUUUCCCGCUCCAGUAAUAAAAGUGGACAGAUAUUAGGCUAACAGUACUUUAUCUCCAGGAUCCUUCUCCAAGGAGCCAUGGAUUAUGUUACUCGUCAAACUUUUUUUCAAUUUGCUUUUUUCAUCUUCACAGUUGUCAGGAGCAGUUGUGCUCUGUUGGAAAGAGCAGAAGAUCCAGCACAUCCAAAUCCUCUUGACUCCAGUCCAGUAGAAGACAGUGAACUUUCCUUCUGUGAUUUUGAAUCUCCAUGUUCUUGGACGUUAUCCAAUCACAGCGCUGGAGGCGACUGGCAUGUCACAUCACCACAGCAACAUCUGUGUGACCAACCAAUGAAAGAUUACUCCACUGGAAAAUGUGAAGGUCAUUUUCUGUUACUAAAGCCCACGUUAACUAAUUUUGCUGCUGGCAGAUGUAGUUUCCACAUGACCAGUCCUGUAGUGCACAGCAGUGGGCCACUUUGUCAUCUUCGUCUCGCUCGUUUCCAACCGGAACCACAUACAGGAAACAUAUCUGCCUUUGUGAAACUCACUGACCACUCCGUUAUCAAACCUAUAGCCCUUAUAGUCAAAGACCAAGGAACUGACAGGCCGCAGUGGGAGGUGCUGGAGGCUGUGAUUGGCCAGUUAAAUGAGCCUUUCCAGGUGACAGUGCAGUACUCUUCCUGCAGCAGCCACGAAGUGGGAUUUCUGGCAUUUGAUUCCCUGGAGCUGAAGGAUUGUGUCAUGGUUGAUGAUUAUUUGGAUUUGGGUUCAGACUGUGAGAAAUACUCAUCACUUCACUGUCAUUCUGGAGGCUGCAUUGAGAAGCGAAGAGUGUGUGAUUUUCAUACCGACUGUCCACAAGGGGAAGAUGAGGGCUUAAUAUGCAACUCCUUACCCUUGGGCUCAUACUGCUCAUUUGAGUUGGGAUCCUGUGGAUGGUCAGUGGCUGAUUCACAGUCCUCCUGGAGACUAGUUAGUGGACAGCAGCUGACUGAAGACACUGAUCUACUGGGCACAACUCUACAAAACACUCAAGGGCACUUUCUUUUCCUAAAGGUCAGAGGUCGCAGUGAGGAAAGUGAGGUGUUGGUUCAAAGUCCAGCUCUCCCUUCGACUAUAUCCAAUCAGGACUGUCAGUUGCAGUUCUCUCUGUACCUAUAUGGGGACUUCAAUGGAACGGUGCUCCUGUCAGUGCUGGAGAAUGGAGUGUCAGCGUCUCCGCUGAUUUGGGAGGGAUCUGGACACUGGAAGGACGCCUGGCAAGAGAUCACUCUGCCAGUUACUGAGAUCUUAAAACGCUUUCAUCUUAAAGUGCAGGCCUUCUGGACUUCUGGAUCUAAGGCAGACAUUGCACUGGAUGACAUCUCAUUAAGUGCAGCAUGUUUUGACACAGAACUAAAUGAACUGCUUCUUGGACAAGGACUACCUCAAGAUUUAGACUCCUUCAGUCCUCUCCCAGAACCCUCAGCAUCAGAGGUGUCCCAAAUAACAUGGUGGUUUACUUCCUGUGGAGCAAGCGGACCUCUAGGUCCGACUCAAGCCCAGUGUGACAGUGCCUACCGCAACAGCAAUGUCAGUGUGGUGGUGGGGAAGGAGGGCCCUCUCAGGGGGGUUCAGAUGUGGAACGUUCCAGCUACCAACAUGUACAAGAUUUCAGCCUAUGGAGCCGCAGGAGGCAAAGGAGCAAAAAACCAUAACAAGCGCUCACAUGGUGUCAUCAUCUCAGCUAUCUUCCCGCUGGAGAAAGGUGACAUACUCUACAUCCUAAUUGGACACCAAGGAGAAGAUGCCUGUCCUGGAAGGAACCCCCUGACCCAUGAAAUCUGUCUUGGGGAGUCUUCUGUGAUAGAGGAUGGUUUUGACAGUGAUGGUUCAGUCUUGAAGUUGGCAGGGGGCGGAGGUGGUGGUGGGGGAGCCACAUACAUUUAUCAGAUGGAGAACGGGGAACCAGUGCCUUUGUUGAUUGCAGCAGGAGGAGGAGGAAAGGCCUACCUGGAGGACCCUGAAAGCAGCCUGGACCAGAUUUUUCUGGAACAAUAUGAGAAUGACACAUCCGCCCCUGGUGUCAAUGGCAAAUCCGGAGCAGCAGGUGGAGGAGGUGGAUGGGGUGACCUGUCUUCACUCCCCUGGGCAGGGAAAUCUCUUGUCGAAGGAGGUCAAGGAGGCUCAUCCUGUCCUGAGGCUCUGUCGGGGCUGGGAUGGGCUACAUUUGGAGGGUUUGGGGGAGGAGGGGGUGCUUGCACCGCUGGCGGCGGUGGUGGAGGAUACAGAGGUGGUGAUGCUCCCCUUCUUGAUGGCAUCACAGCAGAUGGACAAGAUGGUGUCUCUUUUGUUCACCCCAUUGGAAAGAUAUUUCUACAGCCACUUGCCGCUAUGGAGAGUCAUGGAGAAGCUGAGAUCGAGGUGUAUCUGAACUGCAGCCACUGUCAGACCCAGAGCUGUAAGAGAGAUGAAGAUCCCAGACUCAUCCUCUGCCUGUGUGACAGCGAUGAGGUUCUUGCACCAGAUAACGUCACCUGCCUUGUUGUUCCAUUGGGCUCCCUGGCAGAUGGACCCCCAUCCCUGGUAUUUAUCCUGGUGGUGAUCGCAUCCACGUUAGUUACAGGUGUUGUUCUGACCUGUGCCAGCCUCACGCUCAUCUAUUACCGUAAGAAGAACCACCUGCAUGCGGUCAGGAUUCGACUACAGAGCCCAGAGUAUAAGCUUAGCAAAAUCCGCUCAUCAACCAUAAUGACUGACUACAACCCCAACUACUGCUUUGCUGGCAAUCCAGCUUCACUGAGCGAGCUUAAAGAGGUUCCACGUAAGAACAUCACCCUCCUCAGGGCAUUGGGACACGGUGCUUUUGGGGAAGUGUAUGAGGGACAGGUUUUGGGUAUGAAUGGAGAAAACACAGCCAUGCAGGUUGCUAUAAAGACUCUUCCAGAAAUCUGUUCUGAGCAGGAUGAGAUGGAUUUCCUAAUGGAGGCUCUGAUUAUGAGUAAGUUCAGCCAUCAGAACAUUGUGCGCUGUGUUGGCGUCAGUCUGCAGAUCCUGCCUCGCUUCAUACUCCUGGAGCUCAUGACAGGAGGAGACAUGAAAACUUUCCUGAGACUAAACCGGCCCAGAACUAAUCAGCCGUCUUCUCUAAGUAUGCUGGAGCUUCUACAUAUGGCCAGAGACAUUGCACUUGGUUGUCGCUAUCUAGAAGAGAACCACUUCAUCCACAGGGACAUUGCAGCACGAAACUGCCUUUUGACCUGUCCUGGUCCAGAGAGAGUGGCUAAAAUAGGAGAUUUUGGGAUGGCUCGAGACAUUUAUAGGGCGAGUUACUAUAGGAAGGGCGGCCGUGCCAUGUUGCCGGUGAAGUGGAUGCCACCUGAAGCUUUCCUAGAGGGCAUUUUUACAUGCAAGACUGACACCUGGUCUUUUGGGGUACUGCUGUGGGAGAUUUUCUCUCUUGGAUACAUGCCUUAUCCCUGCAAGACCAAUCAGGAAGUAUUGGAGUUUGUAACAGGUGGAGGUCGCAUGGAUCCGCCGAAGAGCUGCCCUGGCCCUGUCUAUCGGAUCAUGACACAGUGUUGGCAACACUGUCCAGAACACCGACCGAACUUCUCUACUAUUUUAGAGAGGAUCAACUACUGUACACAGGACCCUGAUGUCAUCAACACCCCUCUUCCAGUGGAGUAUGGCCCAGCUGCCGAAGAAGAAGGUGGCACUGUGAUCCGUCCUGAAGGAUCAGGCAGUAUGACCCCUCUUCUAGUGACCCACUCUAUGUCCCAGGAAGCUUCCGCUCAAAUGGGCAUCACUGGUUCAGCCCCACAAGCCCUCAAACCUACAAAGCUACAAAGACUGGUCCAUCUCACACAGGAGGGGGGCACAUACAGAGAAACAUUAGAGCCAUCUUGGGCUGAGCCAGUUCCUGCUCCAGGAGUUUGUCCAGGACAAUGGCUUCAGGUCCCAGAGAACCGGCCGUGCUCCAGGAGCAGUUCAUCGUCAGGCAGCCAGAAGCUAAAGAACAAGACCAAAAACCUUUGGAACCCCACCUACGGCUCCUGGGUCCUGGAGAGCUUGGGAAGAGGGAAGACAGCCUUAUGUCACACCCAGUCCAUGCCUCUGUCUUGCAACCCCACGUCUACGUCUGUCCCGUCCUCUACUUUGGAGCACAUUGACCCUGUAGUAGAAGUUGACACAAAUGCCUCGACAUCCCCACCUUUGUCUGCAGCAUCUUCCCAGACCACGUUCAGUCCUACAGGGCCUCCCUCUCAGAAGGGCCCAACAGGGGCUACGGGCGGCUCACUCGCUGCGGUUAUGGACUUGGCAAAACUCCAAAGCUUCCCGUGUGGCAACGUAAACUAUGCGUAUGAUGAGCAGAGCUACGAGACUGAGAGUUUGCCUGUAGUUUUGUCCAAAUCUGUGGGGCCCAGCACCAGCUCUGCAGCUAUGCCUUCACUUGCUGCCCUUGGCCUGGCCACGACAUUUACCCAAAAACCACUGGUGAAACGCCAUGCUAGCUAUGGACAUGAGGAUGUAAGGAGGCACACCCAAUCUGAGAAACCCACGAGGGACAGGGAUUCUGGCUUUUCCUUGUCUGAAGACCUCAGUGUCACCCCUGUGUAGUAUUGAAGAAUAGUCCUAAUUUUUUGGUGUUAUUUUGUUUUUGGCACAGAGGUAUUUUACUGCAAUAUCUGCAGUGGAUUAGCUAGAGCCAGAAUGGCAGGUUAAGGCUGGAAUACACUUCACAACUUUUAAAAUCAGUGUAAUUUUAAAAUACUAUGCAUUGUACAUAGGUGAAACAAAGCACCACACACUAAAUGACUAAGAUUCAGUCACUUCACUUGUUUUCGCAGGCUUAAAAGGUUGAUUGUCAAAAGUGUAGAGACGUAUCACACCACUCACUCCGAAAGUCACUUUCAAACCAAGUGGUUUUCAUGAAUUGGCUUAAAAUAUCAAACAUGUUUGAUACUCUCAGAAACUAUCAAAGAAAUUAUCAUAGCCUGAAGCUAAAAUAUGACUCUUUAUCCAUUUUCUGUGAAAUCUGUGACAACCAAAAUCUUCAGACUUUGGUUAUUUGCGACAUCCUUAUCCAGACGGCAAAUUGGGGCAAAGAUCUGAGGAAACGUUUUGUAGUAUAUUCCAGUCUUUAGUAACUGUAUGUUGGAAACUAUGAGCAAGAGACUACAUCGUUGCUGUGUGGUACCAAAGACAUGAGGAGUCGUAGCUAAUUUGCCAUUAUGAGGCGGCAAAUGGCUGAUGGUUUCUAUGGAAACUUCCACUUGGCUAAUAGCAGCCCUUUUACACUGGAUUCUCAUCUACUGUCAACACUGUGAAAACAUGAUGCUCACUUUAAGGACCCCAUGAAGUGAGAAGUCCUUUUCUACUGAUUAGUCAUAAUUAUCAAUGAAUACAUAUGUACGUUUAGAUGUCUUUUACAAAUCCGCAAUUUGCAGCUGGUUUUAAGUUUAUAUAUUACAGGAAGAUCCAAAGCAUGUUCAGACCGUAACAUUGUUGUUUGCUUUAAGCUAUUUGAGUGAUUUGAACAGCUUUAAAAGAAACACAAAAAAGUUGAUCUAAAAAAGGCACAGUCAAAUUGUUAUUAUUUACUUACCAUCAAGUUGUUCCAAAACUGUAUGACAUUCUUUCUUCUAUAUUUUCAAAAAUAUCUGAUGAAAUGAUUUUCAAAGCCAUUUUUCUCCAUACAAAAAAAGUCUGUAUGUUGUUUUGGACUGCCGUAGCCAACCGGUCUGUAUUUUUUUUCCCUCUUUUAGAAAGUUGUGGAAACGCUAUCAUGGAUUUUUUUUUUUUUUUUUUUUUUUUUUGAUUUGCACCAUUUUAGAAGGUUACUCAACUUAAGACUUUCACUUCUGAGAAACCCUGGGGAUGUGAAAGAAGUCCAUGGAAACACUCUAUAAAGUAUUUCACACACAGAAGAAAGUAAGUCAUACAGACAUGGACGACAUGGAGAUUAAUAAAUGUUGACAAUGUUUUUCUCUUUUUUUGGAGGUGGGGGGGGGCUGUCCCUUUAGAGCUUAGCUCUGCAACAAGUAACUCAGAGGUAAUCAGAUUGUGUUGAAAGUUAUUAGUAAUAAAGAAAUGCUGACAGAAAGCACCACUGAUCUCAGAUCAGGUAGACUUUACAGGGUGUUUUGACUAGAAAGUAGCAUUAAGGACCAUUUGUUUAGACUAGAUUUAGUGUUUUGUCCAUUGUUUUGUCUGCUGUUGGCUUUGAAAAAUCAACUCAUUUACAAACAGUAUGUUGCCUUGUCACUGAGUAUGUGUUUUGUGUGCGAAACUUUGAGAUAAAUGUGAGGGCUUCACAAAGGUGUUGCACUUAAAUGUGUUAGAAGUAAAUGAGGCAUGUGAUACGGGAUGUAAUUGUCGUGGCUGCUGCCGAGAUUGUAUUGAUUUACAUGUCAAUGCACUCCUCUAGGGAGCUUUUUUUAAGUCGUUGUCAAAAAUAAUUCUCAAAAUGACUAUUGUUUCUUAGUACAUUUCCCUCAAAAAUAAAUUAGUAAAUAGAAGUGUGGUUUAUCUGUGAAUUGUGACUGUGUUCCCACAGAUCACAUGCAGAUGACCUAUUAGUAUUACAGCAAACACAAUCACAAACCGUAUAACACCUCAGUGAGCGUAAUGUGAUGCAUGAGAAGUUUGAUUUUGAAAUUAUUCUUAGGUCUAAUUACGAAUUAUUCGCCAAUAUUUUAUUAUUGUAGUUAUUAGGUGAAUAAUGUUUUUGUGUGCCAAGAUUUAUUUGUGUGUGGACUUAUUAGUUAUUUAGUUAGGGACUGCUGAGAAAAGCCUUAUGCAAUGCACAGAUAGAUGAGAUUGAAGUGUAUUAGCACAAUCUUGAGUUUACUUUUGUCGUUUAACCGUUUAAAUGUUUCAUAAUUUGACAUUGCAUUUUAAAGAGCUUACUCUUUUUUUUGUAGGAUACUGUAUUGAAGGGUAGAAAUAGUUUUACUUUAGUCAGGAAAAUGAUUGCUGUAUUUUUGGAUUAAUAUUCCUUUCAAACUGAACUAACCCUUAUGAUAUGUAGCUGUAAUAUAUAAUCUCAGUUUUAUUGGUGUUUGUUUUAUAAUUAUUAUUUUUGUUGACGUUUGAUGAUCACUGCCAAUGUUCUGCAUGCAUCUUUCUUUUUAUUGAAGACUUUGCAGGGGAUCGUUUCUAACCAGCCAGAUUAGAAAUGUACCAUCACAUCAAGUGAAUUUUAACGUACUUGUACCACCUGUAAUUUUUAUGUUAAAAUAUGGACAUUGUUGUAUAAUAGCAAACCUUUAAAUAAAUCGUUUUUGACUAUAA